CCCCUCAUUCUAGCAAGCGAGGGAGAUGAAUUAGAGGUGUUUGUGUGCUCCCCUCAUUCUCCAAGCAAGAUAUUGUUCAACCAAAUUUAAAGCCACUCAAACAUAGUAAUAAACCCUGCUUUGUUAAAUUAUAUUAGAUGAUGACAGUAAUGCUCAGAAUAAUUUCCUCUUGGUAUUUGUUGUAUUUUUUUUUUUAAUGAAAUUUUGAUUCUAUUAUGUCUCCUUACCCUCCACCAUGAACUCAAAUUAGGAUAGUUUCAGGUUGUCGAAGGAAGCUCAGAAUAUAAGGUAUGGUUCUUGAUAGCAUGAUAACUUCUCCUCACCGGAGAUCACCAUCUUUCCGGAAGCAAUUCCCACGGGAUGAGUUGGGUAGCUGGUCAACACUCCUUCAGCGACACCGUUUCCUCUUAACAGCCUUGGCUCUCUUGGCUUUCUUAUGCACAAUCUAUCUCUACUUCGCUGUUACCCUAGGGGCCAUUGAAUCAUGUUCUGGACUGACAGGUACCAAAAAGACAUUAUGUCGUUUGGAGCUGGCAGAGGAUUCUGGAGGCAAUGGAAAACUCAAAUUUUUCUAGCACGGAUGACACAGUCAAUCGGUUCUUGGUAGUGUUUUCUCUGCCUCAUGCUUGAGCUCCUUGGUGACUUUGUAUACAUGAUGAUGUACCAGAAUUUGUCUUUAAAAUUUUUAAUCACAUCCACUGAUAAUUCUUCAUUGUUUUUAUAACAAUUACACAGGUGAUUUCUUUUAUGGCUAAAUUAUGUUUUCCCAUUU